AGCGCGCGCGCUCCUCCAGUUUUCGGAAACCCAUCGCAUCAGCAGAACCAGCAGCAGUCAUCACCGGGAAGCAGAGGAAGAAAAAAGUGUAUAGUGCAGUGAUGGUGUCUGAGUAGGAACCAGCAGUCGCGCGAUGAGGGUGGUUAAUGUAUCGGAGGAAGUGCUGGAGAACGUCACCUCUUUGAACACGAUGUCAAUGGACAACGUCUCCUUGGUCUCGAAUUUCACCGGCGACGAUGAAGCGGUCCUCUACCCCAUAGAAUGGGUCAUCCCCGUGACGGCUAUAUACGCGGUGAUCUUCGUGUCCGGGCUCAUCGGGAACGUUAGCACCUGUGUUGUGAUCAAGAGGAACAUGAGUCUUCACACCGUCACCAACUACUACCUCUUCAGCAUCGCCAUUUCCGACCUUCUCCUACUCAUCUCCGGGUUACCGCCGGAGAUGUACAGACUCUGGUCACCAGCAACUUACGUCUUCGGCGAAACUCUGUGCGUUCUGCAGGGUUUCGCCGCUGAGACAUCCGCCAAUGCUACCGUUCUCACGAUCACGGCCUUCACCGUCGAGCGAUACAUUGCGAUAUGCCAUCCGUUCCUCUCGCACACCAUGUCCAAUCUCUCCAGAGCCAUCAAGUUCAUCAUCACAAUUUGGAUAAUAUCGUUGUGCCUUGCAGCGCCGCAAGCCAUCCUCUUCGGCGUCGAAUACGAGUUCAGGAACGGUGUUGAAUACAGCCGUUGCACCGUCGUCUCCAAGGACUUCUUCCAAUACUCCUUUCUCAUCUCCACGCUCAUCUUCUUCGUCCUCCCGAUGACCAUCAUCACCUUCCUCUACAUCCUAAUCGGCAUCAAACUCAGCAAAUCGCGGAUGAUCGCAACCGCAAAACGCUCUUCGCUCAGCAGCAACAGCGACGGCAUUUCCAGAACCUCGAGAGCCGCAACAGCUCAAAAGAGAGUCAUCAAAAUGCUAGUGAUUGUUACUAAUAUUUAUUUGUGU